GGUGCUCUUGAACGUACCACCGUUUGCUCCGGAUAUGUUUCAGUUUAAUUUAACGUGUUAUUGUUGUGAAUGAGCUGUGAGCAUGGACUCCUGUGACUCCUGUUCAAGAAUAGGUUGAUUUUGCUGUACUCAUGAUGAACUUUGAUGGUCUCGACGCGGGGAUGGGUGAGUACUCACCCAGCCUCCACGGGACUCUGGACGCAGGGAUGGAGCCCUCCAUGGACCCCCACCUUAACCCUAACUUACUGCAGGGUGUGGAGCUUGACCCAGAGGGGCUGGCCGUGACGGUCCCCGAGCCCGUGCACCUUAUGGAGGGGAUGUUUUCUGAGCUGCACAGUGCAGUCUCAGAAGUCGGCAUCCCUGUCACUGCAACGCAUUUUGAUCUGCAGGAGGAAAUGCUCUGGAUGGGAAACCACAGAGGUCAUGCAACUUCGUUCUUCGGACCUACAAUGGGCCGCUAUUCUUCUUUCCAAGCGCAUUCGACUGAUGACAUCCGACACAUUCAGAGUUUGGAAACAGGCGUGCUGUUCCUCUCUAAGUCUAACCUCAAGUGUCACACUCGUGGCGGCUUAGUCAUGUUUGAUUAUCCAAUGGAGGAAGGGGCUGAUAUGCAUAGUCUCCUCAUGACCGACAACAACACCUUGCUCAUGGGUGGAUUACAGAACUAUGUCGUUGAAGUGGAUUUGAAUACUGUUCAAGAAACUCAAAAGUUCACUGUUGAGGUGCCUGGAGUGGCAAUAAUGCGCCAAACCAGUCGUUUCUUCUUCUGUGGUCACACUUCUGGCAAGGUAACCCUUCGGGACUUGCGUACCUUCAAGAUGGAACAUGAGUUUGACGCGUUCUCUGGCAGCCUCUCAGACUUCGACGUCCACGGAAACCUCUUGGCUGCGUGCGGGUUCUCCAGCCGAGGACUGAAUGGGUUGGCGUGUGACCGUUUCCUCAUGGUGUACGACCUCCGCAUGAUGCGAGCCGUAACUCCGCUUCAAGUGCACGUUGACCCUCUCUUCUUGCGCUUCAUUCCUACCUACACGUCACGCCUAGCCAUCAUCUCACAGACAGGUCAGUGCCAGUUCUGUGAGCCUACUGGUCUCGCCAAUAUGGCAGACAUUUUCCACGUCAACACCGUGGGCCAGUUGCUCAUGAGUUUUGACGUAUCGUCCAGCAAACAAGCUCUGGCCUUCGGGGACUCUGGGGGAUGUGUGCACCUGUGGUCUGACGCUCCAGAGGUUUCGUUCAACGACUACUCUCGGGAGACAGAGUUUGCCCUGCCUUGCCUAGUGGAUACUCAGCUGGACUGGAACCACGAUCUGCUGCCGCUGUCUCUCAUCCCCAUGCCGCUGACCAGCACAGAGCCGCUGCUGUCAGACUGGCCCACUGCGCUGGCUACACCUAGCCCCAGACGGGCUCCUCCUGUGGACCCAGAAAUCCUGCGCACGAUGAAGACUGUCGGGUUCAUCGGUUACGCAGCAAAUCCUCGGACUCGCCCUCGGAACCAGGUUCCCUAUAAAAUUAAAGACGUGGAGCUCGAUUAUGAUAAUUACAACCAGGUUCCUGAAUCACCAAUUGGACGUGAUGAAGAGCCACACCUCUACAUGGUGCCAAAAAAGUACAGAAAGGUCACCAUUAAAUACUCUAAACUUGGACUCGAGGACUUUGACUUCAAACAUUACAACAGAACUUUGUUCGCUGGUCUGGAGCCUCACAUCCCCAACGCCUACUGUAACUGCAUGAUCCAGGUUUUAUAUUUCCUGGAGCCGAUUCGGUGUCUCGUGCGGAAUCAUUUGUGCCAGAAGGAGUUUUGUUUGGCCUGUGAGCUCGGCUUCCUCUUCCACAUGUUGGAUUUGUCUCGAGGAGAUCCGUGUCAGGCCAGUAACUUCCUCCGAGCGUUUCGUACCAUCCCAGAAGCGUCGGCGCUGGGCCUGAUCCUCGCAGACUCGGACGAACAAACAGGGAAGGCCAGACUCGGUCGCUUAAUCCAAAGCUGGAACCGCUUCAUCCUCACCCAGCUCCACCAGGAGACGCAGGAGCAGGAGGGUCCACAGGCCUACAGAGGAGCCAGCAGCAGUUCUCUGGGCUCCUCUGGUGAGUCUGCCAUCGGAAAGCUGUUUGGAUGUGAAGUAGAGAACAGCAGCCUGUGUCGCUGCGGGAAGGAGACGGUCCGCUCCUCCCUCACGUUGCUCUUCACCAUGCACUACCCUGAACAAAACUCUCAAGAAAAGACAAUAAAGGAGUACGACUUCGCUGAGAUCCUGAAGAAGAGCAUCUGUCUGGAGCAGAGCACUCAGGCGUGGUGUGAGAACUGUGAGAAGUAUCAGCCAACAGUGCAGACACGAAACAUUCGAUGUCUACCGGACGUUCUGGUCAUCAACUGUGAGGUGAACAGCGCUAAAGAGGCUGAAUUCUGGAAAGUUCAGGCAGAGUACGCCUUCAAUAAAGCCAAGCAAAAAGAGGCGAUGGAACCUGCGAAACCUAAAGAACCGCCACCCAUGCCCACCGAGUGGUGUUUGGAUGGGGAGGAGUUAUGCAGUAUGGAGGGCUUCACCUUCGACACUCGGGCGGAGGAUCUGAGACACGUCUGGAUCCCGCUCACUCUGAAGAUGUCCAUCAGCAAAAAUCAGGGACUGGAGAUCUGCAGCUGGCCUGAAGGAGAGGAGUUGAGUUCUGCCGAAGAGGCGGAGGGCGCUUCUCUCUAUGACUUGGUGGUCACGGUGCCGCACAUCCUCGACGCUCGCACAGGCGGAAACUUGGUCGCACACAUCAAAGUGGGAGAGACGUAUCAUCAAAGAAAAGAGGGCGUCACACACCAGCAGUGGUACCUUUUCAAUGAUUUCUUAAUUGAGCCAAUCGACAAGGCCGAAGCUGCUCAGUUUGACGUGAGCUGGAAGGUGCCGGCCAUUCUGUAUUACGCCAAGAGGAACUAUCAUACCAAAUACGACCUCCGCAUUAAAAACCCCAUCGAUGCCAGCGUGCUCCUGACUGAGGCCUCGUUGGCUCGGAAGCAGAGGAAGAGUCACGCCACUUUCAUUCCCCUCAUGGUCAGCGAGAUGCCGCAGGCUGGUGACUUGGUGGGGCUGGACGCAGAGUUUGUCACACUCAACCAGGAAGAGGCAGAACUGCGCAGCGAUGGCACCAAGUCGACCAUCAAGCCCAGUCAGAUGUCUGUUGCCCGUAUCACCUGUGUGAGGGGUCAGGGGCCCAAUGAGGGGGUGCCCUUCAUCGAUGACUACAUCUCUACCCAGGAGCAGGUGGUGGACUAUUUGACGCAGUAUUCUGGCAUCAAACCGGGUGACCUGGAUGCAAAGAUUUCUUCAAAGCAUUUGACCACUUUGAAGUCCACCUACCUGAAGCUGCGCUUCCUCAUCGACACGGGAGUUCGCUUUGUUGGUCAUGGCUUGCAGAAGGACUUUCGGGUCAUUAACUUAUUGAUUCUGAAAGAUCAAGUCGUCGACACUGUCUACCUGUUCCAUUUGCCUCGCAAGAGGAUGAUUUCUCUGAGAUUUCUCGCCUGGUACUUUCUCGACCUCAACAUCCAAGGGGAAACCCACGACAGCAUAGAGGAUGCACGCACCGCUCUGCAGCUGUACAGAAAGUACCUGGAGUUGAGUCGUGGAGGUGGCUCCGAUGAAGUGAGGAAGGUCCUGAAGGGACUCUAUGAAAAAGGCCGCCAGUUCGACUGGAAAGUCCCGGAGACAGACACAGGAGAUGGUCAAGGUAGCCCAAAAAGUGCUGCUGCUGUGUUUCCCUCUGUGAUGGGGCUGUGAGCUGCACUGUGACACAUUCCCACUGGAAAGACUGAAACCAGUCACUUAUUUUGUAAUUUUUAUCAUUGAUUUUCUCAAUGUGUACAGUGUUUAUGGAGGUCUUUGUUGCCUGCACAGUCCACCUGCAGCUCUUUUCACUGCCAACUCAGUGUCUGAACAGUUUUAAUUAUGUCAAAGUUUGUACCUUUCAUUUAGGAAAUGUUUUUGGAAAAAGGAAAAUAAUUGUAUUUUAUAACGUAUGAGCCUUUUUAAAAAAAACAAACAGACAAAACAAAAAUAAAACUGUGUGAUUUUGGUGCAUGUAAAUAAAUAAAGCUAUCAUGAGCUCACUGUUACACAAA